AUGUUCUGAAGAAUUUUUAACAGCAUUAACCAAAAAAAUCUGUUAAAAUACGAUGCAAAUAUCAUAAGCAUAGAUUGGUGUGCAUUCAGCAUUUAGCUAUAUGCACGACCUUGGUGAAGUCAUCGCAUGCAAAUAAAUAUUAAUUCAAUCUUCGAAUAGAUAACCUGUGGGUUAUCACGUCGAUGCAUUGUACGGUCAGACUGUCAGCAUAAUUAGAGGAAUAUUUUAUUAUACUAAUAUUACUAUGUUCGACGAUGUAUCUCCCUCUGCUGGUCAGUAGUCUUAGCACUCUCAGCCUUUUAUAAGUCAUCUACCACAACGCGAGUUGGCGUUUUCAGAUAUUUUAAAUCCAGUUUUUGUUACUAGGCAAGAUAACUCUGUCAAGUAGUUCAUUUAACUAUGAAAAGGUCAUGUUGGUACUUUGCUUGCGUUAAGAUCUAACUGCAAGAUUUUAAUUUAAAAUUAACUCCUUUUCAGAUUGGUUGGUUUAUUUUAUGUGUAUUAAAUAUGUUUGGGUGGUGUUUGAGCUCUAUGACAAUAUUAAAGCAGCAUAAAAAAUAAGUUAGGAGAUAAGUGUCCAACAAUGGGUUAUUCGAGGCUGAUGAUGAAAAGGUCUAGAUACCUAAUAAUUUACUAAAGCAAUUUUCUAAAUGACUUUUCAUUUAGAAAAUUGCUUGCCAUCCCUCCAUUCUGCAUAUUUUCACAACAACGCGCGCGGGAAAGUCCAUAAUAAUAAUUUCCACAUUAAUUGAUAUAUUUACACUACUGUCUUUACGUCAGAUCUAGCUUAACCUGUUACAGAUAGCGCAAUUUAUAUCAAACUCUCGGCUAGAUCGAACUUAUAUGAACAUAUUAAAAUAAAAUGUUUUUAUUUAAGUUAUUUAUUUUUAUGUUGUCAGUACUGUUUUGUUGUGCUACUUGUGAGCCAAAAAAUGAAACACAACCCUCAACAAAAUCAUUGAUCCACAAAUUUGAGACUGACGCCACGUCAUCGAGGACCCAGCAGGAGUACGACAGGAACCAGAUGCGGAGCUGGGCUGACGCGUUCCAGGUCCAGAGGCUGGAGGCCUGCGUGCAGUACCGCCUGCAGAUGAUCAAGCAUCAGGAGCAUAACUUUAAGAGUGAUCGGAAUUCUAAGUGGAACGACUGCCUAUACGCACACAGGAACGAUACGAGACAGGCUGCCACGCAGUACUACAGCAGCGAGCAGCAGUGCCUCAGACAAGCCGCGUCCGAGGAUACGGAGCAGAGGGAAAACGUGGAGCUGUGGGAAAAACAGGUAGCUAAUCCCUACUUAUUUUUAAUAUAUGAAUGUGAAAAUCGCUCAUUGGAGGAAAGGGUACAGAUGCAGAACGAUAAGUUCGACGAGCUUAUCCACCGCCUUCUCCAAUUGAAACAGGUGGCUAUGUCCAGCCUGCAGGAUUACUACAGGAGUUCUCAGACCAGUCUAGAAAGCUGCCUGAAGACCUGCCUGUCAGAAUACCUGGACAGAGUCAGAGCCAUCAUGAGUGUCCUCAAUAAAUGCUACAGUAUUACAUGA